AUGGCAACGGGCGCUGGGCCGGCGGGGCUUACGGCAGCUGGGCCACGGGGACGCGAGGGCGCUGCUGAGGCGGCGGCAGCGGGCGGCCUCCCUCCGUCUCCCGCCGCCGCCGCCUUCCUCAGCCUCCCGACGCCUUUCCAGGAAGAAGAUGAAGAUGAUAGGCACAAAUGUGGUCGCUGCCAAUCCGAGUUCACUUCUUUGGAAGAAUUCGUGCAACACAAGUUGCAGAAGCUUUGCCAGCGGCCUCAGGAUGCAACUGCAGCAGCAACCCCGGUGAUUUCGUCAGUUGAAGCGCCUAUAACCGUAGCUCAUAUAGUUGUUGAAGCAGCUCCAAUAACAGAAGAAAUCAGCAAUGUACCUGAAAUUGUAGGUAGUGGGCAAAUCAAGGAGGUUGUUGUAGGUGCAGAUCAUGUCUUUGAAAGCCCCAACGGCCCCAGUGAUGAAGAUGGUGGAAUUAAUCAGAGUAAUCCAGGAGGCCCAGGGGAAGGUGCUUCUCUGGAACUUAUCAAAGUUAAACUGCUGGUUAAUAAGGAAGGUCGUUACGUCUGUGAACUGUGCCACAAGACAUUUAAGACGGCCAGCAUACUCAAGGCUCACAUGAUCACUCACAGCAGCAGGAAGGACUACGAGUGUAAGUUAUGCGGGACAUCUUUCAGGACCAAGGGCUCGCUGAUCCGACACCAUCGCCGCCACACAGACGAGCGUCCUUACAAGUGCAAGAAAUGUGGGAAAAGCUUCCGGGAAUCAGGAGCUUUGACUCGACAUUUGAAAUCCUUGACACCCUGCACUGAGAAAAUCCGCUUCAAUAUGAAUAAAGAAAUAGUUGUUAGUAAAGAGGAUGUAGGCUCAGAGCCAUUCAGCUCCAGCAGCGAAGCCAUUCCCUCGCUGGCAGCUCCAUCUUUGGAGGCCUCGCCUGUAAUCCAUCUGGUGACGGAUGCGAAAGGGAAUGUCCUCCAUGAAGUCCACGUCCAGAUGCAGGAGCUCCCCGUCUCGGAAGCCAAGGCGAUGGGACAAGAGUCGUCCAGUCUUGAAGAGCUGUCCCCUGACCAGGAGGACAAUGAGAACUUGCUGAGAGAAGCCAUGAGGAAUUCUGGAAUCGUGAUUGAGCGAGUUUCCAUAGAGGAGGGUGCCAAAUCCAAUGAAAACGGUAUUGCUGCUGCUGCGGAUUUAACGAACAAAGAGGAGGAGAAAUUGUGCGAAGAGCAGUAUGUGGAAAUUGAGCACAUAGAAGCUCCAGAUCCUGAAGCAACCCAUGAAUGUAAGCGACAUGUCUGCCCUUAUUGCAGCGAAAUCUUCAGGGAGCAGAAUAGCCUCGACCUCCAUAUCAGUGGACAUCUAGACUACAAAUCUUUUACCUGUGAGGAGUGUGGCAAAGAAUUCACCAAAGGAUACUUGCUGAAAAAGCAUCAGGAAGUGCAUGUGAACGAGCGGCGGUUCCGUUGUGGGGAGUGUGGCAAGCUGUACAAGACAAUUGCGCACGUGAAGGGGCACAGGCGAGUGCAUUCUGACGAGCGGCCCUAUCCGUGCCCCAAAUGUGGGAAGAGAUACAAGACCAAGAAUGCACAGCAGGUUCAUUUCCGAACGCACCUGGAUGAAAAGCCGUACGUCUGCCAGUUCUGCAAUCAAGGCUUUCGGGAAAAGGGUUCUUUGGUGCGCCACAUCCGUCACCACACGGGCGAGAAGCCAUUCAAAUGUUACAAAUGUGGCCGUGGGUUCGCGGAGCAUGGCACCCUCAAUCGGCACCUGAGGACCAAAGGCGGCUGCCUGCUUGCCUUGAAAGAAGCUGAAGAAGCAGGGGCAUCGGAGGAGGGCCAGUGUGCUGACCGUUUGGCUGCAACUGUAAUCUCGGAAGACCCCCCUACAGUCCUGGUGGAGUUUUCCUCAGUGGUGGCAGAUACGCAGGAAUACAUAAUUGAGACAGCUUCUGAAGACAUGGAAACCAGCGAAGCUGCUGAGAUCAUCGAAGGAAGCAGGCACGAGGUGGACAGUCACAUAAUGAAGGUGGUUCAGCAGAUAGUAAACCAAGCCAAUUCUGGCCAUCAGAUAAUUGUCCAGAAUGUCACGGUGGCAGACGAUUCAACCAUGACAGCCGACGGCGUGGACCCCGACACGAUUGCCAUAGCCACUCCAGAGAGCCUCACGGAGCAGGUUGCCAUGACGCUGGCUUCAGCAAUUGGGGAAGGGGCUGUGCUGGCCACAGAGGGCAGUGGGGAAGUGGAGGAAGCCACCGUGACCAUGGUGGCAUCCGAGGACAUUGAAAUAAUGGAGCACACGGGAGAGUUUGUGAUUGCAGCCCACGAGGAGGAGGAGGAGGAGGAGGAGGAGCUGGAAGUUCAGACUGUGAUUGUCUAAGGCGCCCGGGGGCUUCAAGCGGGGACCUUUGCAGAGCAGCAGCCUGGCUGCACCCCCAGGUCCCAGAUGACGCAAAGUUGUCCUAAGAGCCGGUUCGUGUGCUGCUUCUCACAAACGUGUUACGUGACAUGUUAGCUGAGCCCUUGGCCACCUGUUCUGGUCAGGGAGCGUACCUAACCCUUCUGGACGUGGCAGCCUGUGGAAAGCAGGCAGUUGUCAAGUAAAGCACUUUAGAGGAAAAAAUGUUGUGUGCAGGGAUACUUAAUUAUGUGGCAGGGAGGGAUUCCAGGCAUGGGAGGAAACUCGGGGGCUUUUCAUAGGAGUGUGGAUUUUAAGCAGCUCAGGAGAAAUAUCAGCUUAGAAAACCAGGGGCUUUAUUUGCAUUGGCAGGAUACUGAGAAAGGCCACAUUGUACAUUUUUGCAACCAUGUAGCUUUUAAUUAUCUAUUGUCUGAUUUAACUUGUAAAUAUUUUUUUAAAAAAAUAAUUUUUACAUUACUGUAUUCUGAUGUAAUUAAAGGAAGAGUGCUGAUGGCUUCAAA